UGGCCCCUCGGCCGAGCCGUCCGUGUGUACUCCGUAGAAUUACUGGCGGGCCAUGUAUGCAUUGCUCAAGCGUUUUGAUGACAGGAUGGACCCUCGGACGAAACACGGGAAUAGGGAACUGGCCAGGCCGCGAAUCGCCAAAACGACGAGCAGGCGAGGCGAGAUGCAGGGCCGGGCUGUUAGAAGAGAACGGAGUAGGGGGGCAGAGGCACAUUUGUAUCAAAGGAAAGUCACACCUGGCAAGUAUUGUGUAGCAUAAUAUUUUAGAGGCGAAGAUAAAAAAUGAAAAAUAAAAUAAAAAAUAAAAAAGAGGAGGAAAAACGAGGGAAAAGAGAAAAAGGGAAAAGAGAAAAGA